ACUCGGAUACAAACAGGAAGUGCCAGGCAGGCGGCUGGUUUUCUCAGUACAGUAUUUUCUCGUGUAUUCGUCGGCAAAGAUGAUGUCGAUAGCUUGUAAACGGAGCUUGGUGCUCGUGGCUUUUGGUUUUGCCGUUGCCCCGUUUUGUUCCGCCGGCAACGUCAUGCGAGGUGCAAAAGCGAACCAUCGUGCUGGAGAUACACCAGCCAUUGCUGAAUAUUUCGGUACUAAAAGCAGGUACGAAGAGGUGAAUCCUCACCUCAUAGACGAUGCGCUUGCUGUCAACGAAUCUCUCUUAAAGCUCCCUUACAACGAUUGCGUCCCAGUCCACCUUACCGCCGUCAUUCGUCACGGUACAAGGUACCCAACGGCGAAGAACAUCAAAAAGCUGCACCAGCUGCACAAGGUGGUGCUGGAGAAGGCGCAGGACCUGGGCGAGGGCUGGUUGGACGAGAUCAAAAACAGGUGGAAGAUGGACUACACCGAUGACAUCGACGGGAACAUAGCCGAGAAGGGCAGAGAGGACCACAGAAACCUGGCAGUUAGGCUGGCAAAAACCUUCCCCUCCCUCUUCACGGCGGAUAAUUUCCGUCAGGAUCGGAUGCAAUUCAUCACCAGCACCAAGCCGAGGUGCGAGGACAGCGCCAAGGCUUUCAUCCAGGGACUGGUGAUGCACCACUGGGAGCUGAAGGGGCCUUUGGACGUUGAGAAGCAUCUUCAAAGAAACGAUAACCUGAUGCGAUUCUUCGAGCAUUGCCGGAGGUUUGUUGUCGAUGUGGAGGAGAAUAAGACAGCCCUGAAGGAGGUGGAUCUGUUCAAAACCAAGGCAGAAAUGAAGACAGUUCUUGAAAAGGUAGCCAGUCGGCUGCAUACUGCAUACAGUGACCUAACUCCAGAUUUAAUUGAAGCAGCAUUUUACUUGUGUUCCUAUGAGUUUGCCAUCAAGACCGUCAACUCUCCAUGGUGCAAUCUUUUUGAUGAAGAAGAUGCUAAGGUUCUGGAGUAUGGAAAUGAUCUCAAACAGUACUGGAAGAGGACCUAUGGUCAUGAAAUAAACCAAAAAUCCAGCUGCCCCCUCUUUCAUGACCUCUUCGAACGCCUAGACAAAGCUGCGGAGGACAGCAAAAAGUUUGCCACUGUCGAAAAGCCGGUGACCAUACAGGUGGGCCACGCGGAGACCCUCCUUCCCCUCCUUUCCCUCAUGGGCUUCUUCAAGGACGAGGUUCCCCUGACCUCCGACAACUUCGCCCAGCAGCAGAACCGCACCUUCCGCAGCAGCCAGAUCGUGCCCUACGCCUCCAACCUGGUGUUCGUGCUGCACCGCUGUCGGGACAGCCACAGGGUGCAGCUCCUGCUGAACGAAAAACCGCUGCCCUUCCCUAGCUCCAGCGACCCCGCCCCGGAGUAUCACAGCCUCCGGGACCUCUACGGAGAGCUGCUGGAGGGCUGCGACGCCAGGCGGGAGUGUGAGCUGCCCAACCACAAUUUGAGCAAUGCGGAGCUCUGAGCACCCCAGGCCUGAAGCUCAGAGGGGCGAGGGGGGCUGUGCCUGCUGCGUUGUCUGCUCCCUGUUACCCUGGGUGUUUCUUAGUAGCCGCCAUCUCGGGGGCCCCUAGAAACAAACGGAAUAUCUGGCAUUAGUUUUUAGCACCAUUUCCAUACUGAGGCAUGGGUUUGUUGCGUGGAAGCAGUCUCAAUAAGACCUUCUUUUUCUGUACACCACUAGACUGAUUGUGAAGAAUAUCAGUUCCCUAACUAGCUUCAGUGCUUUAGUUUGAAUAGUAUAACAGCCUUUAGGGAGAGUUUGCCCUAAAAUUUUCACCUUUUUACCUAAUCUGUACUUGUUGACUGACAGAUAAAUGUACCGUAAGGGAUAUUUUUUUGUUGGCUGCCUACAUAUUAUUCGUUUUUUGCACAGUUGUACAGUUGACUGAAUUCUGCCAAGGGGUAUCUCCCUUCUGUUUCAAUACUGCAUAGAUCAUACUUUUGUACUGUGUUUUCUGUAAUGAUGCAGGAGAAAGUAAACAUCAGAAGCGAAACUGAUUCUAGAUAAAUUUGAACUCUGCUUAUACAACUCAGUGCAUCAAAUAGCUUUUACCCUAGCACAUAUUUAACAGCAAGCCCACCUUGGACUGAACAAAGCAGUGUUAUAGUGUGGUGUGGUAAGCAGGAUCUACAGCAGGGGUUCCUCAUACUGGUCCUGGAGGCAGGCCCAUAUGCAUGGUCGUUCAUUCCAGGUGAGCUUUAUUACCUGAGCAAAUCCUUAUUUUAACUAACAAGUUGCAUGAUUGAAAUAUGUAUGUUUUUCUACAACAAUUUUUGGAUUUUAUUUUACUUAAGAAAUGAGAUAGUUACAAGGCAACCUACAAUGUUCUUAAGAGAUGAACCAGCGAAACGUUGAAAUGAAUACCAUUAUUAAGUCAAUAAGGGUUAAAUCGUGUAACUGGGAGCAUGACUGGAACAAAACCAGCAGGCAUGUGGUCUUUCAGAUCCAGUACGGGGAACAUGUGCUGUAGAUCCUAUUUCCCACACUAAACAAGAACAGUGCCUUGUGCAGUCCAAGGUGGGUUUGCAAUUACAUUAUUAAAGUAGGCAUCCUGUCCAACUCACAAAUCAUGAGUAAAACAAGGUUUGGUCUCUAAUAUGAUAACUUAUAGACUAAUUUUAUUGACUACCUCGGAAAUUAUAGGAGUUUUAAUGAAGGGUAAGUAUCCUUACAGUAUCUUUAAAGUUUGAUUAUUUAUUUUCUAGUUGAGUGAUUUCACAUUUUGGCAGAAAAUUCCUGAAGGCCUUGUGUUUUUAGAAUCAGAUCUAAAACACACAGCACUCACAUUACUGAUAUUUUAAUACAUGCUUUACAAAUAGCACUUUAUAUAAUAAAGUCUUUUUUUCUUAUGCUACAAAGUUUCAGUUUGAUUUGGUGUAGGAACAAUUCCAACGGCACAAUUUAUUACAUUAAACAGUUCUGUAGAAAAAUAGACCAAUUUAUUCACGGUAGUUACUGUUGUGCUGUAACUUCAUUGGAAAAGAAGAGAUACUGAACCACAGAUCAAGAAAGCAUUCCAUACAUCAAAUGUAUUGCUUGUAUAUGUAGGACAUUAGUAAUACAAUUCUGUAUGCCACAGCAGUGUUUGAAAAAGCUUUCUGUGUACAUAAGUGUUUUCAAAAAUAGUCACAUUUCAUCUUUCUACCUACACUGAUUGGGUAUUUUCCGAACUUAAAAAUAUAGCAAGAUAUACUCAUUGUUAAAAUGAUAUUUUUACUGGUAAGUACAUUUCUAUAUUUUUUAAGACAAUGAUUGUAUGAUUUACUGCAUUGCCAGGUAAUGUGUAAGUGUAAGGUGCUUUUUUCCUCAAAAUACUAGUAACUUAUAUUUUGUUGUGAUUAUUUAUUGAUUCCUUUGGUAUUUUAUUGUGCUCGUUUCAAAAGUCCAAUAACUUUGUAGGAAAAAAAGCAAUUUGUCUGGCCAAAAAAUAAAUAGAAACCAGUAGACAUUUUGAUUACUGCUUUAAUCCAGUUACAUAUGCUGAAGGCUGAAUAAAAGUACAGCAGCUUUUGUAAGGUUACAAACUAUACAACCUGCCUUUAAUUGUUUUUAUUCUUUUUGCUUAAAGAUUUUUUAAAUAAUUGUUGGUAGUGUAAAUUAUUAUGAAAUUAGGACCAGUCUGUCUUAGUAAGGAUACUAUGAGCUCAUCUGACUUUUCAUUUAUGAAAAAUAGUUUCUCUCAAGGGCUUGGAAGACAAUUAAGUCAAAACAGAUGUGUUUUAUGAAAAUGUGUCUAGAAUUCUAAUACUGCAAACAUACUGGCAGGAAUGUGUCUUUUCCCCUAUUGCUACAUUUAUGGGUGGGUGUGUGAGAAAUUUGCUUCUGAGUGAACAAUGAACAAGCUUUGCACAGACCUACAGAGCCCCCCAGAUAUAUUCAUACUCCUGAUGGAAUAGGAGCAAUAAACAUUAACAGCAUAACAGAAUGAUUUACACUUUAUUAUUUUCUUUACAGAUUCUAAAAUGUUAUACAGUAAUCAUAAUGGCUUUGCACAUCUCAAAAUCAUAUUUGACAGAAAUAAAGACCAGAAAAAAAA